AUGACAUCUGUCUUUGAUUGGUUGGAACAAUCGGUCGAGAAUAAUGAUAUCGAAUUAAUAAAAUUCGAUAGCUUAAAAUUAGAUGUCAAAAAACAUAAAAAAGGUGGCAUUCCUUCACGCCCCUGCGUUUAUUUAAACGAUUUAAAAUUUACAUAUCAUAACAUGACCGACUAUGAUGAUAUAAAUAUCUAUGAGAAACAAAUGGGAACCAUAUUUUCUGUGGGAUUGGAACAUGAAAAUAUUAUAAAGGCAUUUAUUUCUCAAAGCGAAAGGUCUCUUGAGUACUAUCUGCUUGUGGAAGUUGCAAACCAAGGAAAUCUUACAAAUUAUUUGAAGACUGGACUCACUUGGGAUCAAAGAAUAAAUAUAGCAUCACAAUUGAUCAGUGGAUUGGAAUUUCUUCAUAAUCAACAAAUAAUUCAUUCGAGCCUGAAUCCAAAAAAUGUUUUUUUUCACAAUGAUAUUCUAAAAAUAACAAACUUCGGAGGUCUACCCAUAUUUAAAUCAGAUGAUUUUGAAAAUAUUCCGUAUGUUGAGCCUCAAGCGCUAACAUUAGAAAAAGGAUUUAUCAAAAGUUCCUGUGGUAAAGAUGAUAACUCUUCAAAUAUAUUUGACAAACGCCCAGAUUGUUCGAUGGCCUUGAAGAGGCUUGCAAACGUAGAUUUAAAAGAAGUUAUAUCAUCUGAGCUAGAUAAAGAUAUUUAUUAUAAAGAUAUUGAUGAUUAUAUUACGAAAUCUAGGAGAAAUCACUCAACACCUAGUCUGUAUGGAGGAAGCACUAUUGUUGGAACAUUGAUUGAUGAUUCGAGUAAUAUACGAACAAUUUCUCAAAAUUCUCCAGAUCAUAUAAACAAGUUUCUUUUGCAGCAAUGGAAUUUACACAAAGGAUUGAAAGUUCAUGGUAAUGCUUUCAUUCACGGAGAGGAAAUCCUCACAGAAAAUGGAACAAUAAUCUCUCAAGAAGUGAACCGUAUUCACGUUUAUAAAAAUAAAUCUAGUAAUCCAUUCGACAUUCUAAAAAAUAGAAGUGUUUCUAAACAAAUAUUGGAAGAAAUCAACAUUUGUUUACACGUUCGACUUCUUAAUGUCGAAUAUAAAAAUUUUGAAGUUUCUAACGGAUUUAGUAGAGAAAUCGAAGAUGUAUUAAAAAAUCAAGAUAAGGAAUCUAUUCGCAAAGCUCUUCAAAAAACUUUUGAGAAAUAUGGUGAUUAUAUACCUACAAAUGUUGUUAUUGGUGGGGCACUUAGGAUCAAAUCUGCAUGUCCGAAAGACAGAAUGUCGUUUAUGCAAGAUAUUGAAACUUUAAAAGCUAAUCUAUAUUGGGUUAAUGAACAAAUAUUUUCAGGACACUCUAAUAUAUUUGAUAAAAUUCCAUUUGAUAAUAUUUUCACGAUAGAAGAUUUGGAUAGUAAUCAAAGAAUUACUUCUGGUCUCGAAUUAGAGGCUUGGAUGGAAGAAUUUUACGAACAUAAAAAAGGAUAUGUUAUUGCAUUUAAUGAAAUUAUCCCAGCAUAUACUUUAUUAAAAGAUGAAAUUAAGCAAGAAAUAAUUAAAGUUUGUGGAAGGCUUCAGAGAGUUAAUAUUGAGCAUAUGAUUGUUCCAUACAUUAUUAAGACCCCGAUCCCUGAUGAUUUAAAUAAUUGGACCAAAAAAAAAAAUUCACCAAUAAUAUAUUUAUGUCAUUGGAUUAGCAAUCUAUAUUUUCAAUAUGGCUUAAUUAUUCAACAAAAUAAUAUAAGGCACGGGUUGGAAGUUGCAAUAGAUUUUCUUGAAAUACCUGAGAUAUGUUUAUUAGAUAAAUCAUAUAUGUAUUUACGACAACCACUUAAUAAGAAAGAAGCAUUCAUUUUAGCAAAUCGUAUUAAAAUCGACAACAUCAAUCUUGCAGAGAUUCCAUUUUUAGCAGAAAGUUUGGCAAAUAAUGACCAUCCAAUUUUGGAUGAUAGGCAAAAAUCUAAUGAGAUUCAUUGUUUUAUCGUAUCAGAAAAAAUUAAAUUGACGUUUAACAUGAAUAAAAUAAGGCCAUCUGAAAAUUUUUUAAAUGCAGUGGACGAAGCGCUUAAAAGUAACUAUCCAUUUCGUAACUUAAAAAAUGUUUUUGAUAAAUUUGGGUAUCUUUGUCCUCGUAAUAUUAUUCUCGGUAGAACUUUUUCAAAAAUUUAUGAACCUGAUAAUAAUGAAAUUCUUGUGGAUGACGAAUAUAUUUUUAGUAUAGACAAUGAUGAGUCCGAAAUUGUAGAGGAAAAGCUUGAAAAAUGGAAUAAGGUUGCAAGAAAGUUAGAUGUGUUAUUCUUUUUAGAUUUUAACGGUGAUAUAGUGAGAA